AUGCCUAUCUCGCUGUACCUUACCACCUACAACUGCGCCCGACUCCCUCACCCUCCUUCAUCUCUGUCCCCCCACUUCCUCUCCGCACUAAGUCCCCUCUCCUCCGAGCCUCCCUCUCUAAUAGUCAUCUCUCUCCAGGAGAUCGCCCCUCUCGCUGCCUCAUUUCUCGGAGGAUCACAGUUGACAUCCUACUACGCAACAUUUACCACAGCUGUCCGCACUGCCACCAGGUCAGCAUUCAAUGAGGACUAUGCCCUUACCGCCUAUAACAACGUCGGCCUAACCGCCAUAAUGGUAUUCGCACGUAAACCCGCUCUCAUAAAGUCGGUAACCUAUGCAGCCGUCGGCCUCGGUUUCCUGUCCAUGGCACCCCAUGAGCACAAUAUUAUCGCGCGGAAUGCAAACUGGGAAUCCCUCGUUAAGAAUCUAGUUUUUGCCGACCCGGCAGGCGACGAACAGAGUGUCUAUUCCCCAUCAUCCCACCUCUUUAUCUGCGGUGACCUCAACUAUCGUACCUCUUCAUCCCGACCGGGAGAGCUUGACUAUCUCGUGUAUCCGCAGCCCCAGGACAGGAUCAAUGACAACACGCACUAUCUACAGUUGUUCCUACAGGAUCAGUUGAGCAUCGAGCGAGAGGCUGGGAGGGCUUUCCAAGGGCUUGAGGAGGAGAAGGUUGAUUUCCCACCCACGUACAAGUACGUAAUUUCGCGGCAGGACAAUGAAGGAGAGUACUGGGGAUGGAGUAGGAACCGCUGGCCUAGUUGGACGGACCGGAUCUUAUAUCUACCAGCCGACGGAGUGGUAGUGCGGAAUUAUACGUCGAUUCCGCAAAUUCUAGGGUCGGAUCAUCAGGUCGUCGCCAUGCAUGUAGAGGUUCCUGAAGCACCGGUUGAGGUGGAACUGGCGGCCCCGUGGGGCAUUCAGGAGGGGUGGAGGGGUAGAAGGGCUAUAGCUAGGAAAUUGGAAGUGUUUGUAGGAGUAUUGGCAUGGCUAUUGGGAGGAACUGGACGGGGUAUAUUAUUUGCCUUGUUGGUGGGUGCAGCUGGUGGAUGGUGGGCAGUGAGGGUGUGGAUCCAAGGAUAUAGGAGGUUAGAGUAG